UGGUUUUGAGUUGUAUAUAUACAAUCACGUAAAGAUAACCCUAGUUGUUUUCCAUCGUGUAGGACGUUUCUGGAUAAACAUGGCCAAGAGAAAAUCCUUAAAUCGUGUAUCCCGACGAUACUCCAAACGUAGAUCCGUCGAUUCUAUCGGUUCUGGACAUCUCGAUCCUGAUACAUCCAUCGUGGAUGAAGAACAAACAUUAUGGUGGAAUAACUUGGAAGAGAAUACGUUCCCUCCACAUUCCAUGAUUCACAGUGAAAAUGAAACGCCUAGGAUGCUGAGGUCUAAUUCAAAGAUCGAUACUAGCCAGAGUUCUGAUCCUACAGGAUGGUGGAAGAAUUUGAACUCUGAUUCCGAACCCAUUGCUUCAAAAAGCUCGAGGCGCAGCGCAGCAAUAGUUGAAAGUCGUAUGUUGCAAAUUUCGACAUCUGAGACAUCUGAAUCAGAGAAAGAGCUUAAUUUAAGAAAGAGGAAGGUUCGUUUAAAAGCAAGUAAUAGGAAAAGUAUUAAUAAUGCUUUCGCAAAUGCUUUGAAUGAUCCCGAGGCAACUAUGCCAUUAAAAACGCGGAUGAAACAAGUCCGCUCUGAAGUACAUAUCGAUUCAGACAGUGAAUCUUUUCAAGGAAGGUCGCAGGAAAAUGAAGAGGAUAGUAAUUCGAGUCCAACUUCGAAGAUUUUGAAAUUAAAGCCAAGUAUUAGAACAAGAAGAGGUGGAGAUGGUAUGAAAGAUCAGAACGCCUUUCAGGAUGUACUAACGGAAGAUAAUGUUUUGAAUGCCAGCACUGCGAAAACAUCAGUCGCGUUUGAAAAGGAAUCCUCGCAGCGUUCGAUGCACCGAAAUAUUAAUAUGAGUAAAGAUCAUAUCGAUCAAAGGAAAUCAAUAAGAUCGCCUCAAACAAUGCCAAGUAUUUUGAGAACAAGAAAAAGUGGAGGUAUGAAAGAUCAGACCGCCUUUCAGGAUGUACCGUUGGAAGAUGAUGUUUUGAAUGACAGUACUGCGGAAAAAUCAGUCGCGUUUGAAAAGGAAUCCUCGCAGCGUUCGAUGCAUCAAAAUAUUAAUACGAGUAAAGAUCAUAUUGACGAUCAAAGAAAAUCAAUAAGAGCGCUAGAGGAUAUUGAAACUGGUUCGUUAACUCCAAACGUUAAGAAGGCAGUGCCUGAGAAUAACGUUGAGAUUGAAAGCAGCGAUGAAAGCAUCAUUAUACCUCGUCAACAUUUAAAAUUUAUGUCUCGCUUUAUGCAGCGAGCGCGGAAAAGCAUAGGAAAAAAUGUGUUUGCAGAUGUUCUAGUUUAUGAUAGUAACGCAAGUUCGUCUACGUCCAUUCCAAAUAAGGAAAACAAUAUUCAUAGAUCUUCAAUUCGUAAAAGUCCAAGAUUGUCUUUAAAUAAAUCUAAAAAGCAGCAAUCAGAUGUAUCGGUGCAAGAUAAAGAUAAUAUUGAAUCAAAUUUGAGCAGCUUAUCCUUUGAUAACGAUGAAUCCCGCGGAACGAAAAAGUCUAUAUUUUUUAAGCCAAAAUCAAGAAUUCUAACACGUUUCCGUAAGCGCUCAACUAAUCCGUUCGAAGAAAUUUUGGAGCAAGGUAAUAUCAGUGAUAGAAGAAGUAAUGUUUCAUUUGAAGAUAAUUGUGCUUCUUCUGAGCGAGAAACUACAAGAAGAAUUAAUCAGGAACGUGAAUCUUUAGCAACACAGAAAAAUCCACAAUCAGGAAAGUGUAGUACUACGAAUGAGGAAGAUUCUUAUGAAAUAUUUCUCGAGGUGUCAUCAAACGCAGAGAAAAAUCGAUCUAAGGAAGCUAAUAUAUUAUCGGAAGACGAGAAUAAACUAUUAGAAAACAGCGAUCUCAAUAAUGCUUCAAAAUCAGUUUCUCGAAAGAGUGUAAUUGCUAAAUCGUCAGAAGAAAAGAUUUCCAACCUCAAGUUUAUUAGGGAAAAAACUUUGAAGGAAAUCGCAUGUGCAAAUGCAAUAUCGCCCAUCGGUAGAUUAAGUACUAAUGUAGUAAUACAAGAUGCAAGUGAUGAUUCACAUGCUGACAUAGAUGUAGAACACGUACAUUCAUCCGAAUCAAGUUCUGAUAAGGAAGCUCGUUUGACGCGUAACAAUCUAAGAAUUCGGUCUGAAACACCUGUGAAUAUAGAAGUACGUGAAGCUAAUGACAAUUUACACAAUGAUGCAAAUAGAGAACAUGAUUCAAGUAUGCUCAAACGAUCAUCUAAAUUAACUCCUAGUAAGGAAACUCGUUUGACGCGUAACAGUCUAAGAAUUCGGUCUGAAACACCUGUGAAUAUAGAAGUACGUGAAGCUAAUGACAAUUUACACAAUGAUGCAAAUAGAGAACAUGAUUCAAGUAUGCUCAAACGAUCAUCUAAAUUAACUCCUAGUAAGGAAACUCGUUUGACGCGUAACAGUCUAAGAAUUCGGUCUGAAACACCUGUGAAUAUAGAAGUACGUGAAGCUAAUGACAAUUUACACAAUGAUGCAAAUAGAGAACAUGAUUCAAGUAUGCUCAAACGAUCAUCUAAAUUAACUCCUAGUAAGGAAACUCGUUUGACGCGUAACAGUCUAAGAAUUCGGUCUGAAACACCUGUGAAUAUAGAAGUACGUGAAGCUAAUGACAAUUUACACAAUGAUGCAAAUAGAGAACAUGAUUCAAGUAUGCUCAAACGAUCAUCUAAAUUAACUCCUAGUAAGGAAACUCGUUUGACGCGUAACAGUCUAAGAAUUCGGUCUGAAACACCUGUGAAUAUAGAAGUACGUGAAGCUAAUGACAAUUUACACAAUGAUGCAAAUAGAGAACAUGAUUCAAGUAUGCUCAAACGAUCAUCUAAAUUAACUCCUAGUAAGGAAACUCGUUUGACGCGUAACAGUCUAAGAAUUCGGUCUGAAACACAUGUGAAUAUAGAAGUACGUGAAGCUAAUGACAAUUUACACAAUGAUGCAAAUAGAGAACAUGAUUCAAGUAUGCUCAAACGAUCAUCUAAAUUAACUCCUAGUAAGGAAACUCGUUUGACGCGUAACAGUCUAAGAAUUCGGUCUGAAACACCUGUGAAUAUAGAAGUACGUGAAGCUAAUGAUAAUUUACACAAUGAUGCAAAUAGAGAACAUGAUUCAAGUACGCUCAAACGCUCGUCUAAAUUAACCCCUAAUAAGGAAGCUCGUUUGACGCGUAAUAGUUUAAGAAAUCGAUCUGAAACAUCAAAGCCUGCGAAUAUAGAAAUACAUGAAGAUAUUAAUAAUUCGCGCAAUGAUGCAAAUAGUGAACACGAUUCAAAUAUGUUUGAACAAUUGUCCAAAUCAACUCCUAGUAAGGAAGGUCGUUUGAUGCGUAACAGUUCAAGAAAUCAAUCUGAAACACUGAAACCUAUGAGUAAAAAUACGGAAGUCUCUAAGCUGUCUAUGAACUUAAUUUCCAAUGAUGAUAAAGACAAUAAUAUAAAUGUUGACUCGGAAACAAGUACUGAUAGUACAGUGUAUCUAAUAACAAGAGCAGAUAUACAUUCUGAAGAUAACACAAACACAGGAACACAGAAAAGCACUAGUCUGUCAAUUGAAAAAGAAAUAACUGAUGACGAAGAUGCAGAGCCUGCGACGCAAACAAUUCACCGAAAUUCCCCAUCGACAAAGUCUGGAACAAGCAGUAAAGUAGUAAAUCGAUCUAAAAUAUCGAAAUCUAUGAGUAAAAAUAUGGAAACCUCUAAGCGAUCUACAAACUUGAUCGCCGAUAUUGAAGAAGACAAUAAUGUAAAUGCAGACUCAAAAACAAGUGAUAGUAUAUCGCAUACAAUAAUGAGAGCAGAUAUACGUUCUAAAGAUAACACAAAUAUGGGAACACAGAAAAGCACUAGUCUGUCAAUUGAAAAAGAAAUAACUGAUGACGAAGAUGCAGAGCCUGCGACGCAAACAAUUCACCGAAAUUCCCCAAUGACAAAGUCUGGAACAAGCAGUAAAGUAGUAAAUCGAUCUAAAAUAUUGAAAUCUACGAGUAAAAAUAUGGAAACCUCUAAGCGAUCUACAAACUUGAUCGCCGAUAUUGAAGAAGACAAUAAUGUAAAUGUAGAUUCAGAAAUAAGUGAUAGUAUAUCGCAUACAAUAACGAGAGCAGAUACACAUUCUAAAGAUAACACAAAUAUAGGAACACAGAAAAGCACUAAUCUGUCAAUUGAAAAAGAAAUAACUGAUGACGAAGAUGCAGAGCCUGCGACGCAAACAAUUCAACGAAAUUCUUUGACGAAACCUGGAACAAGUAAAACAAUAAAUCGGCAAAGCGUGCAGAAUUCAAAUAGGACCAGCAUUGAGGACAGAGAAAUUGCACAUAGACAAAAAAGUUUGGGCAAGUCUCAAAACUAUCGCAAUACGCCGACUAAAUCGUCAAGUAAAGAUAUUUCUUCCAAUAAGCAAAGUUCAUCUAAGACACUGAACAAAAUAGAUGAUUUUUUCGUCAAAAUAAAAGAAACUUCGGCGAAACAACUAAGCGAAUGCGCGCAAAAGUCGCCAGUCUUCGACAGUGAGAAAAUGAAGAAGAUUAAAAUGGAAUUGGAGAAAUUAAAGAGUCGUGAGAUGGCCGCGAUGAAAAGAAACUCGACCGAUAAGAAAGCAUCCGCAGUAAAAAAGGAAACAGUGAAAUGUUUUAUACCUGAACAAGAUACAAAGAAGAAGAAGCCGCUCAUGAAUUCUACGAAAGUAGUGGAUAAGGCAUUUCUAGUAAAUGGAAAAGUAUAUAGACCACCAAGACUUCCUCGUCCGAAACAUUGGGCUACAGAUCGUCUUUACAAGUUUCUGUGGAAACGAUUGGAGCCAAAGUACAAACUGGCCACGAGAGUGAAAUCCGAGAAAUUCGUGCAAGAAUUAGCUACAGUAGUAACUACUAUUGAACGUCGUAAGAAUUACGAAAAUUAUAAGACCGAAUUAAAGGCCCUGAUGAAGGAAAUGACUCGUUUGAAAAUUAUCAAUACUCGUAUGGACUUUUAUCAUUUCUGUCAGGAUUUUUUACCAUAUGAGUUUCGUAUUAAAGUCAUACCUAUGACAUUACCCGGCAAUAAAAGUAAUAUUCCCUUCGAUCCAGAAAAUGUGCACACUCCUUUACUUGAUACCGAAUGA